UGAGUCCCUAUUUCUCAACGCACCCGCCUUCCGCUCACACUCAACUCAAGUCCUCUUCUCAAAUCCCAAUACUCUCUCUUCUUCUUCUCAACUCGAUUCUCCUCCCAAUCACGUCGGAUCGAAGCUAACAAGAAAUACAAGAGAGAUAUUUGCAAUGGAACGGUAUGAGAUUAUUAAAGAUAUUGGGUCUGGAAAUUUCGGUGUUGCCAAGCUGGUCAGAGAGAAACGAACCGGCGAGUUCUUCGCCGUCAAGUUCAUUGAGAGAGGCUGCAAGAUUGACGAGCAUGUACAAAGGGAGAUCACAAACCAUAGAUCCUUGAAACAUCCUAAUAUCAUUCGAUUUAAGGAGGUUUUGCUGACUCCAACUCAUUUAGCCAUAGUCAUGGAAUAUGCUGCUGGGGGAGAACUUUUUGAAAGAAUAUGUAAUGCGGGAAGAUUCAGUGAGGACGAGGCAAGAUACUUCUUUCAACAAUUGAUCUCUGGCGUGAGCUAUUGCCAUUCCAUGGAAAUCUGUCACAGAGAUCUCAAGCUUGAAAAUACACUGUUAGAUGGAAGCCCAGCACCAAGACUCAAGAUAUGUGACUUCGGUUACUCAAAGGCAAGGAUUAAUUUACUUAUUUCAUCUCUUAAUCUUAUCGAUGAGACUCAAUUAUUAAGUUUUGUUCUGUCACAAUCUUGUUUCUUUAUGCAGUCUUCUGUUCUGCACUCUCAGCCUAAAUCUACAGUUGGCACACCUGCAUAUAUUGCCCCAGAAGUAUUGUCAAGAAAGGAAUACGAUGGAAAGGUUGCGGAUGUUUGGUCUUGUGGGGUGACUUUAUAUGUGAUGCUUGUUGGUGCUUAUCCUUUUGAAGAUCCAGAAGACCCAAGAAACUUCAGAAAAACACUUCAGAGAAUCCUUAGCGUCCACUAUUCUAUUCCAAAUUACGUUCGUGUCUCCCAAGAAUGCCGACACCUUUUAUCCAGAAUAUUUGUGGCCAACCCUGAAAAGAGAAUAACGAUCCCAGAAAUAAAAAAACAUCCAUGGUUUGUGUAUAACUUGCCAAUAGAGUUCAUGAACGAAGAAGGGGAUAGUGGUGACGAGAGGAACAUGGAAGCAUGUCAGAGCUUAGAAGAAAUACUGUCAAUAAUUCAAGAGGCUAGAAAAGCAGCAGAUAAUGGUCCUAAUAAAGUUGGAGACCACUUUGUUGAUGGAAGCAUGGAUCUUGAUGAUAUCGACGCCGAUGCUGACAUUGAUGAUGUUGACACCAGCGGUGAUUUUGUCUGUGCCUUGUAGUAGCCGUAGUAGUGCUUUCUUAACUUAGCUUCGCGUCAUCAUCGUGUGCCUCUCUCUUCACUCAAUGGAUACUUUGUUAUUGUAAUAAUACACUGCCAUAUAAUAUUUGAUCUUUCAUAUUUUAGCAUGGAAAAUAUGAGAAUUUAUCUUUAUAGUUUUAA